CGCAUAGCAGUGGACGGGAAAGGCGGCAGGGAGCUGGAGCCCGCGUCGCAGCUCUCGGCCACAGGGAGGCUGGGCGAACCCGCGCGCGAGGACACCUGGCCCAGGCUCAGCGCGGAGCUCUGCGCACGGCUGGGGUCACGGGUAUACUGAAAGGCACUUGAUCAAGAGAAAUCUGGGGGAAGCUGGAAACCAUCAAGUUAUUGAGGCCACACAGGGCAGAAAAGAUAGAAGAAAGAAAGUUUAUCAGUUUCUUCCUAAACCUCUUAGAAAUAACAGCAUAUCUUAAUCUGAGACUUAUGUUGCUAUGAGGACAGAUUCAUCGAAAAUGACUGAUGUGGAGCCUGUGGUCAACAAUUUUGCAUCUUCAGCAAGGACAGGCCGCCGGAAUGCGGUGCCAGACAUCCAGGGCUCAGCGGGGACAAGUGGAAUCUCGGAGUUGCCCCUCAGACUGGAGGCCCUCUCCAUGGAGGAAGAUGUAAAAAAGAAAGAUGAAGAAACAACACAAUGCCAAUUGGAAAAGCCCCCAAAAGAAGAAAAAUGAAGGCUCAUAAACUAUCAAAAGUGCUGAAUUUCUGUAAACUGAAAGACUUAGUGGCCCUGCUUUCCUGAGAUGUUUGAUCUGGUAGUAACUAUGGUAACAUUACAGCCCUAAGCAACACGUGUGUAUUAGAUAAUUUUGUUGUGAAGCUACUCACUUGGAAUGCAACCACAAUGUCCAAUGUAGGCUACUAAAAGGCAUAUUACUUCCAAAUUGCACCCAAGGAAAAGGUUAAGAAUGUAUGGUCACUUAUAUACAUAUCAUUAUCUAUAAACCCAACAAAAUCCACUGUUCUCUUUUGGAUUUACUUAGCCAGAUGUAUUUUUAAUUCUGUUUUUAUGGUAAUGGGCAAACCAUUUUCUUAGUAAAUAUAAAACAAACACCAUUCAUUUAAAACUAUGGAAUUUGUAGGGCAAUAUUUUUUUUUUUUUGGAUGAGAAGGAAUAAUAGUCAAAAACACAUAGAGAACAUUUGUUUUUAAAGCAAAAAUGCACUAUUUUUCCCCAAACCCUAAAAUGAUUUGGAAAAAUUGCAAAACUUUGACAACUUAAAUAUCUUUAGGAUAUUUUUGUUUGAUGUAUUUUGCUUCUAGUCUACGCAUACUGUGAUUUUUCUUAUAGACUCUUAAAAUACAAAAUUUGUGACAAAUUGUUUAUAUGGAACAUGCCUAUUAAAAUGAAUUUCACUAUCUUCCUUAA